AUGGUGCUGCUCAAGACCCUGCUGCUCAGCGGCCUCGUCGCCAUCGCAGCCGCCAAAUCCGCCGUCCUCGACCUCAUCCCCAAAAACUUCGACCAAGUAGUCCACAAGAGCGGCAAGCCCACCCUCGUCGAAUUCUUCGCGCCGUGGUGCGGCCACUGCAAGAACCUUGCGCCCGUAUAUGAGGAGCUGGCGAUCGCCUUCGAGCACGCCAGCGACAAGGUGCAGAUCGCCAAGGUCGACGCCGACGCGGAGAAGUCCCUGGGAAAGAAGUACGGCGUGCAGGGGUUCCCGACGCUCAAGUGGUUCGACGGCAAGAGCGCCGAGCCGGAGGAGUAUAAUGGCGGACGCGACCUUGACAGCCUCGCAGGGUUCAUUACGGAGAAGACGGGGCUGAAGCCUAAGAAGAAGUGGACGCCGCCUUCGAAGGUGCAGAUGUUGCAUGAUCAGAGCUUUAAUGAGGCUGUGGGCAAGGAUAAGCAUGUGUUCGUUGCGUUUACUGCGCCUUGGUGUGGUCACUGCAAGAACCUCGCUCCUACCUGGGAAGCUCUCGCCGUCUCCUUCGAACCCGAAACCGAAAUCCUCAUCGCCAAGGUCGACUGCGACUCCGACGGCUCCCGCGAAGCCUGCGCCCAAGAAGGCGUGACCGGCUUCCCCACGAUCAAGUGGUUCUCCAAGGGCUCGACCGAAUCCGUCGUCUACAACGGCGGCCGCGCCGAGAAGGACCUCGCCAAGUACAUCAACAAGCAGGCGGGCACCCACCGUCUCGCGGGCGGCGCCCUCGACGACUCCGCCGGCACCGUCGAGUCCUUGGAUGCCAUCGCCGCCCGGUACAUCAAGGAGGGCAAGGCGAAGCUGACGGAGCUCGCGGCCGAGGCGAAGAAGGAGGCCGAGAAGCUGAGGGAGGACGUCAAGGCCAAGUCGGCGGCGUACUACGUCCGGGUGUUGGAGAAGCUUGAGAAGAGCCAGGAGUACGUCGAGAAGGAGUCGGCGAGGCUGGCGAAUUUGUUGAAGAAGGGCGGGUUGGCGGAUCAGAAGCGGGACGAGCUCAAGACGAAGCUGAAUAUUCUUGGAAGGUUUAAGAAGGUUGAGGAGGCGGAGGAGGAGAAGAAGGAUGUUAAGGAUGAGUUGUAA